CUCAAAAUCAAAGUCUCAAACUCAAACCGGAAAGCAAACCAAGCAAGGACAUACCAUAUACCAUUAUGUUAGUAGACUCAAACCCACCUCUCCUACACAACUAUGGAGCCCUUUUGCACAAGCCAUCCAAUAAAACUCCUCAACUACAUGAAAACCAUGUCACAGAAGAAUGCCAACUCCCAUUGAUAGACCUUGAUGGAUUAAACAGCCUUGACAUGAUCCACAGGCUAGAAUGCGCUAGAGCGAUUUGUAGCGCCUCCUCGGAAUGGGGCUUUUUCCAAGUGGUGAACCAUGGCAUUAGCCCUCAGCUUAUAGAGAAGAUGAGGAGAGAGCAAGUCAAGUUGUUUUCAGCACCCUUUGAUAAGAAACAAAAUGCUGGCCUUCUCAACAAUUCAUACAGGUUUGGGACUCCAACUGCAACUCACGCAUCUCAGUACUCUUGGUCUGAAGCUUUUCACAUUCCUGUCUCAAAGAUCUCAGACAAAUCUUGCUAUGGGGAUGAGUUCACCUCUCUAAGGGAAGUGAUGGAGGAGUUUUCAGCAGCCAUGUCAAAUCUAUCAAAAGUGCUUGCUGAGGUUCUAAUCAAUGAUCUCAGCAACCAAGAGGAAGCUCUAGAAGACAUUUGUGAGUCAAGCUCGUGCUUUCUUCGCUUGAAUCGCUACCCGGCUUGUCCAUUUUCACCAGAGAUGAUUGGUCUAGUGCCUCACACUGACAGUGAUUUCCUCACCAUUCUUUGCCAAGAUCAAGUAGGAGGACUUCAACUCAUGAAAGACUCCAAAUGGGUUGCUGUAAAACCAAAUCCAGACGCACUUAUCGUCAACAUUGGAGAUCUUUUUCAGGCAUGGAGCAACGAUGUGUAUAAGAGUGUGGAACACAAGGUCCUGGCCAACGAGAAGACGGAACGAUAUUCCAUUGCAUACUUCCUGUGCCCAUCUUAUGAUUCUUUAAUAGGAAGCAGCAGCACAGAAUCCUCCAUUUACAGAAAGUUCACAUUUGGAGAAUACAGAAGCCAAAUCCAGGAGGAUGUCAAGAAGCUUGGCCAUAAAGUUGGUCUCUCCAGAUUUCUUAUUUAGGAAGCAAUUGAGCACAUUAAGAUAAUGAAGGGAUCAGAUUCAAUCAUAUUUAGUAUUUGCAAGUUGAAAAAGGAUGGAAUGCAGUUGAUUCCCACACGAGUCAAAGAGUACUGCUGUCUUUUCUUGGAGGAUACAUCUCAGCUUCAUUAAAGUGACAUGAACUAUAAUUUUUAUUUUCCUUUUCCUAUGCUCCAUAUAUACUCACCAUCUGUAGCUCUAGAUAUUAUCAUUGGUAUUACUAUUAUUAUAUACACAUUCAUGGUAUUGUAUAUCAACAGAGGGUCUCUAAGUUUCUGCUCCAAUUGGAGAUGUAAUAGAUUUAUUUAUUUCUAUUUAAAUAAUAUUGUAUAGUUUUUGGAGAAGAAAUCUGUAUAGAAGCUACUAGAAUGUAAAAGCAGUAAAUAAAGAUAUUACAAUAAAUACUGAAGUCGGCAACAUUCUGUGAUUUCAGCUAAGUUCCACACC